AUGGAAAACCUCACCAUGGUUAACAUGACGGUGGAGAACGACACGUCGGUGCAGGACAAUACAACCCUGGGUGUUUGGACUGACUACACAGUCGAAUACAAAGUAGUCAGCGUGUUCCUGGUGUCCCUCAUCUGCGGCUUGGGGAUUGUGGGCAACGUGAUGGUCAUACUGGUGGUCCUGACCACCAAACACAUGCGGACCCCCACCAACUGCUACCUGGUGAGCCUGGCCGCCGCUGACCUGAUGGUGCUGACGGCCGCCGGGCUGCCCAACAUCACCGACGCCCUGCAGGGACAGUGGGUGUACGGCUACUUUGGCUGCCUGGGCAUCACCUAUUUCCAGUACCUGGGGAUCAACGCGUCCUCCUGCUCCAUCACCGCCUUCACCGUGGAGCGCUACAUCGCCAUCUGCCACCCCAUCAAAGCGCAAUUCCUGUGCACCUUAUCCAGGGCGAAGAAGAUCAUCCUGCUGGUGUGGACGCUCACCUCCGUCUACUGCGUCAUGUGGCUCUUUCUGUCGGACACCAAGAAGUUGGCGUACGACAACGUGGUGCUGCUCAGCUGCGCCUACAAGGUGUCCAGGACCUACUACCUGCCCAUUUACUUCACGGAUUUCGCGGCGUUUUACGUGCUGCCCCUCAUGCUCGCCACAGUCCUGUACGGGCUGAUCGCCAGGAUACUUUUCCUCAACCCGCUGCCCUCGGAUCCCAAAGGCGGCUCCAAGAAGUGGAAGAAGGAGAUGAGUCAGGGCAGGAGGAUGGUGGGCACCUGCUCCUCCAGCAGCGCCACGGCUGCCUCCCGCAGACAGGUGACAAAGAUGCUGGCUGUAGUGGUGGUCCUCUUCGCCCUACUUUGGAUGCCCUACCGCACCUUAGUGGUGGUCAACUCCUUCCUGGACAAGGCCUACCUGGACACCUGGUUCCUGCUCUUCUGCCGUCUCUGCAUCUACCUAAACAGCGCCAUCAACCCGGUCAUCUACAACGCCAUGUCCCAGAAGUUCCGCGCCGCUUUUAAGAAGUUGUGUCACUGCGGCCCUCAGCGCAUGGAGAAACCGGCCUCUUACAGUGUGGCGCUAACCUACAGUGUCAUCAAGGAGACGUCCAACGGGGAGAGUCCCGACCACUUCACCACAGAAAUGGACGACGAGCUACACACGCCGUCAGAUCAGUACUUACCCGCCAGCAUCCUUCCAAGUGCCAAGAAGAUGCCGUUUGCAGAGUCUUCGCUGUCAGGUAGUGAUGUUAAAGCCUGA